AUGUACGGUGACUUAGGCAACAAACUGGUGCAACACGCCAAACGAACGCAGAACCUCGCCCAUUUACCGCCCUACCAAGCCGAGAUAGUACGAGCCGUGGCACGCGAAGUUAGAGAUCUCGAUAAGGACGUGUCGGAACUGCUGGAGCCCUUCCAAGGGUCUUUCGACCCAGCCGCAGAUCAAGCAACUGCAUGCACACUACUUGUAAAUCACCUGUCGAUACGCAGAAACAAGCGAUGUCUACUCGCAUAUCAUCGAACUCGAACAGAUAAGCUGGAAGAGUUGGCGUGGAAGGGAGUGGACGUCCUGGAUCUUUCCGGGCAGCAAGUGCGCAGCAAUGCCGGAUCGUCAACCGGAGCCAACGGGGGUGCUGAUGGACCAACGAGCAGUCUGAGUCCGCAAGAGGAGGAAUACGUGAGACAAUACGGCGAUCUUCUGGCCGCGUAUAAGGGUCAGUGGACUGACAUCGAUCUGACGGGGAGCUUGGAGCCGCCCCGUGACCUGUUCAUCGACGUGAGAGUCUUGAAGGACGCGGGCGAGAUACAGACCGAAUAUGGCGCCAUCAACCUGACGAAGAACAGCCAGUUCUACGUGAGGCAAGGAGAUGUUGAGCGGCUCAUAGCGCAGGGUUAUCUCCAGAAGCUCAGCUGA